CAGCUGCAUGUGGCUAUUUAAGCAGGACAAAGAUGGUACCGAGCUUAAGCCGGGCAUUGGCGAUAGUUUCAUUGACGGUCUAAAGCGAACUGCUGGCGGACCGAUGACGUUUCACUGGUGAACUUCCACUGUCGCUGCUGGCCGUUGCACCCGAUCGUGCAGCGAAAACAUUGAUACAAAUCUGUCGCAUGCAACGUCAAAGACGCGCUUUUCCUCAACUCGCAAAAUCCUAAAUGGUGCCACUGCUAAACAGCUCUUUGGAAUUAUUGAGGUUAUCGAAGGAACAGCAAGAACUGGUGAAAUGCUUUCAGUAAGGAGCGAUGCAACUCUGCUGGUGGCGUUCUGCUUGCUGAUGCUAACGGAUGGUAUCAGUGCCGUGACCAACGUGACUAUCUAUUACGAGACUCACUGCCCAGAUAGUCAGAAGUUAUUUGUCAACCAGGUUAUUCCCGCACUUGAUCUCUUCAAGUCAUCGGUGCUGUUCAAGUUGGUCCCAUAUGGAUUCGCCGAUUACCGAGAUAAUAAUGGCGAGCUGAGUUUUCGGUGUCAACAUGGACCUAAAGAAUGUGAAGGAAACAUGCUCCAUGGUUGUGCAGCAAAACAUUACGCAAAUUUACCUGAAAACGUUGUCCGCUUUGCAGCUUGCACCAUGCGCCAUGGCGUUCGCGUUCUUGAUUUCGUUGACAAGUGCGCAACCCUUCAGAAAUUCUCGGCAGCGAUGCUGCGGGAAUGCGCGGCCAUCGAGGGGCCCCACUUACUCCGCCAAAUGGGAGACGAGACCACAGCAGCAGCUGCGCGACUUUUCCCGGGCAGGAGUCGAUUCAAAUUUAUCCCCAGUACCUUUAUUGACGAGAAAGCCUAUGUUCAAGAAUCAGUGAAUGAUCUUCAAGGAACGAUCUGUCGUGUUGCCGUCGACAGACCUGCCCAGUGUUAGUGCUUUGUGAAGAAAGCUAGCAUGUGUUGUAUAUUCCUUAGAAAGAGUUUUAGGCAUUUAUGCUUUAUAUAAGUCAGUAUAAGCCCACGGAAUGCUAAUACGACAUAUUUUUUUAAUAAAGCGGACAUUUAUAAUAAACACUGGA